AUGGGGGAAACGUCAGCGUCGGAUGCGCGAGUCGAUGCGUUGACCGUAGCGGCAGCAGGAGCUGUUACCGCAGCAAACACUAGCGAAUCAGGGUUUGAGGGGCCUCAGGAGGCGGAGGGAUCAGUAGCGAUGGCUUCGCGAGUAGGUGAAUCGACCGUUGCGGCAGCAGGUGCUAGAGAAGAUAAUGCUGUGGCUGUCGAUGAGUCGACCGUUACAGCAGCAGGUGCCGUUGACGGUAAUGCUGCGGACGUUAGCAAUUCCGCAGCAAACGUUAACGAAUCGCGGUUUUACGGGGCUCAAGGCGAUGAAGAUAAUGUUGCGGCUGUCAGCAAUUUCGCAGCAGACACUAGCGAAUCAGGGUUCGAGGGACCUCAAGUCGAUGAGAUGACCGUUACAGCAGCAGGUGCGAGUGAGGAUAACGCUGCGCCUGUCGAUGAAUCGGCAAUUGCGGCAGCAGGUGAUAGGGACGGUAAUGCUUCUGGUAGAGAGUCAGCACCUGAUAAUGACGGUGCCACACUUGCACAAGCCGGUGCCACAGUGUUACAAGACGGUGCUGCAGUGUUACAAGACGAUGCUACAGUGUUACACGACCGUGCUACAGUGUUACACGACCGUGCUACAGUGUUACACGACCGUGCUACAGUGUUACAUGUCCACGUGCUCUCAACCAAGGAAGACGAUCUUCGGACGGAGCCCUUGCAGAAGGAACCGGAGCUGCCGCAGUCAGUUCAGGCAGAAGUGCCCCCUGCCAAACCAGCCCUUGCCGAACCAGCCCUUGCCGAACCAGCCCUUGCCGAACCAGCCCUCGCCGAAACAGCCAUCUCCAAACCAACCCUCGCCGAACCAGCCCUCGCCGAACCUGAACAGGAGGUACGGGUGCAGAGGGAGGGCGCGGGAGGGGAGCAAGAGCUGUCUGCAGGUUCGGCAGCGGAAGGCAGCAUGGAGAUGAGCGGAGGGGAAGCGGGCGCGGAAAGGGAGUGCGUGGGGCUGAGCGGAGGGGAAGCAGGAGCACCAGCAGCGGCAGUAGCAGCAGCAGCGGCGGCAGUAGCAGACGUGGUAGAGCCGCCGCCGCAGGCAAAGGAAGCGGCAUCCGACGGGACGGGCCCGUCCCCCACUCCCACCAUCUCGUCUCUCCACCCCUCUUCCGCCGCCCUUGCGUCCCUCCCUCUGCCCCCCAUGCGCGCAAAGCCUUCCGCUUUUCCUUGCACCAGCGCUUCCGCAACGGGCUCAAGCGCAAAACCAGCCGCUCCGCCGAUUCUCCGCGGAGCCAGCGUGCGCCCGGUCAACCACCGCCGACCCACCUCCGCGUUUCCCAACUCCCCUUCCCUUCCGCCGAUGAUCCUUGCGCCUUCCCCAGCUGCGGAAUUGGCGCGGCAGUUCAGCGUUCUCUGUCCCGCUGCUGCUCCGCAUCCCUCGGCAAUCGACGGCGGAGAGAUUGGCGGACCGGGAAGUCGCCUGAAAAAACAAGAUCUCCCUCUCACUCACCUGCUAUCCUCGUUACAAGCUGCAUCAGUAUCCGCCACAGCAGUCACAGCGGGCAAUGUUGAGCUACCCCCGGGUUCAGCCCACCACAGGGCUUUAACUGAAGCAAUAGGUGUGGCGUCCACCAGUCAACACGCAGUGGCCGCACAAGCACGCCGGGCAAUACUGAGUCAGCUUAUAGGGGAGCUGGAGGCGAUCCAGCCAGGCACGACAGGGAAGGAGGGGCAGCCGCAGGAGGAGGAGGGGGCAGCAGGCAAGGCCGAGGGCGGAUUCAACAGGGGAAAUGAGGAGAGCACGUGCGUGGGUGUGACCUCACUGGAUGGUGAGAGCUCUGAUGAUGAUGAAGAUGAAGAUUUGGAGAAGAUGUUCACCUUUUCAGGGCCGGUUGGGGUGGAAAAACAGAGGGCGGAUGGGAGGUUGGCAGGGGAGUGCAAGGAGAUGGAGGUGGGUGCAGAGGUGGGGGGUGUGUGUAAGCAGAGAGUGAGGGGUGCGGGUGGGAGGGCAGUGCCAGGGCACAGGUGGCAGGCGUGGAGUGGUCAGCUGCUUGGGGGAGGAAAGAGGCUGUUUGGAAGGGUGCCGUCUGUGGUGCAGCGGGCACGAGGGGGGGGCGGAGGAGGAGGUGGAGGGGGUUGUGGGGGUGGGGGUGGGGGUGGGGGUGGGGGUGGGGGUGGCAAGGCGUCGUCUCACGUGUGGCCUGACGUGUACGGCUGUGCGGGGCUGAGCGUUGGUGUGGGAGAAGUGAAAGAUUCUGAGAAGUAG